AUGUCACAGCCUCAGCCGCAGCAACCUGGUUAUCCUCCCAAUGGCCCUCCACCUCCACCGGCCUACGCCCAGCCACCGCCUGGCUAUGGCCAGCCAAUUCAGGGGUCGACGACGGUUGUCCUUACUCCUCCUGUCAUCGCCGUGGCACAGGGGUACAGAGAGUCCCCCGUCCGGACCAAGUGUCCACACUGUAACGCUGACGUCGUCACCGCUACAUCGUACACGACCGGAACCUUCACCUGGAUCAUUUGUCUGAUCCUCUGCUUCGUUGGGUGUGAUCUGGGUUGUUGUCUUAUCCCGUUCUGUGUGAACAGCUGUAAAGACUGUGUGCACAAAUGUCCGAACUGUCACCAGCAACUGGGCAUCUACAGGAGAAUGUAG